AUGAAGCAUGAAAAGAAUGCUGAAAAGAAUGCUGAAAAGAAUGCCUUGCCAGUGAAGCAUGGUUGUGGCUCUGUGACAAUCUGGGGCUGCUUUGCUGCCUUUGGCAUUAAAAACCUGCAGGCAUGUGAAGGGGAAAAUGAAUUUGAUCAAAGACCCAUCAUUUUCCUUUCUUACAAACUUCCUGACUUACUAAUACUCCUGGACAUGGGGACAGCUGUAAACAACACCAGCACUGCUGUGUUGGCCAAUGCUUCAUUUACACUUUCCUCCCCAUACUCCGAGACUCCUGUGUCCUCUAAUGAUACACUCAUGACAUCUAUACUGGGCACAAUUCUUGCUGCAAUGUUCCUGGUUGGUACUGCUGGCAAUGUGUACACUCUGGUGGUCAUGAACGUUGCAGUGCGAGUGACCAGCAACAUGUACGUCUACAUCGUGAACCUGGCUUUGGCAGACCUUCUCUACCUGUGCACAAUUCCAUUUGUAGUGUGCACCUACUUUGCCAAGGACUGGUACUUCGGAGAGAUCGGCUGCCGUGUACUUUUCAGCCUCGACUUCCUAACCAUGCACGCCAGCAUCUUUAUGCUGACUGUGAUGAGCACUGAGCGCUAUGUGGCUGUGCUCAGACCACUGGACACCUUUGCCCGGUCCAGACGUUAUCGGUGGGGUGUCACCUGUGCAAUAUGGCUUAUCUCUUUUGCCCUUGCGCUCCCAACCAUGAUCAUGAUAGAGCUCAAGACAACCAUACAAGAUGGUAUUGAGAAGAAUAUGUGCCACCCAACUUGGCAAAUGGCAGCAUACAAGGUUUACCUGACUGUCCUCUUUAACACCUGCAUCUUGGCUCCAGGAUGUAUCAUUGGAUACCUGUAUCUCAAGCUGGUUGUAACGUACUGGACAAGCCAAUCCACAGUGUUCUCCUCCAAAGCAAGAAGUGGGUUGAACUGUCAGAACAAACAGAAAGUACUCUACAUGAUUUUUGGUAUAGUUCUUACUUACUGGGCAUGCUUUAUACCAUUUUGGCUAUGGCAGCUGCUUAGUAUCUAUUACUUUGGGGCUGGGACGCUCUCUCAAAGAACACUGGUGUAUGUAAACUUCAUUGUGACUUGCCUGGCUUACAGCAACAGCUGCAUCAACCCUUUUCUCUACACACUGCUGACCAGAAAUUAUCAGGAGUAUUUAAGAGACAAGCAAAAGAGUGGCAUGGGGUUUAAAAAGAGGUUUCAACUUUCUGUAUUGUCUGUGUCUGUGUCAUCUGGAAGUCACCAGUUUACAAACACUUUGGGCAGUGCCCCCGAAAUUGGGGUUCUGGUUGCCGACAGUAAUCUUUGA